UGCAGGGCCUGUGUUCACACUGUGUGUCAUAUGUGCUUAAUGUGCAGACAGGGCCUGUGUUCACACUGUGUGUCAUAUGUGGUUAAUGUGCAGACAGGGCCUGUGAGCACACUGUGACCUUUAACAAUGUAUGCACAUUAUGCACACAUGACACACAUUAAUAAUGUUAAUAAUGUUAUUACACAAAGCGUGUGUACACAAUCUUUGUCAUAUGUCUAAUCAUAAAGUAUUAUAAUGCACAUAAGACAUUAGAAAAGUACAUUACAUAUAUAAACCCAUGUAAAAUGCAUGGUUUUCUGAUGCACUAGAGUCCGGAAAGAGUUAAAAGUUUCUCUGAGCAAGAUGUUUGUAAAUAUACUCCCUCUGGCAGACGUAACAGACUUGUGUAGAAGCACAUGGUCAUUUGAAUGAGUCAUGCCACAUGUAAGUCUCUUUUAAAUCUCUUUCAAAUGUAAUGUAAAAAGACUAUAAUUAGUGCAAAAUCAAACUAUUAAUCAUCUAAGAACAUCAUGUAAUGUGCAUGUACAUGUGCCAUCCACAAUUAACUAUGUGCUUGUGUCUUUUGCAUGUGCCAUUCACAUUUAACACUCUCAGAUGUUAAUGCAUGUGUGUUUGCAGUCUUACUUUUGUAUUUUACAGCAUCGUUGGCAGGCCUGAAUCCAUGUUAACUGACUUUGACCUUUGACCUUUGCAUUGUACCUAUGUGCUUGUGUCUUUUGCAUGUGCCAUCCACAUUUAACACUCUCAGAUGUGGAUUUGCAGUCUCACAAUGCAAAGGUCAGAGGUCAAAGUCAGCUCACCUGGAUGCGGGGCCUACCACAGACGAUGUAAAAAACAAGUGUAAGUAUAUAAUUGUGUCUUUUGCAUGUGCCAUUCAAAUUUAACACUCUCAGAUGUUAAAGCCUGUGGGUUUGUAGUCUCACGCUUGUCUUUUACAUCGUCUGUGGUAGGCCUGCAUCCAGGUGAGCUUACUUUGACCUCUGGCCUUUGCAUUGUAACUAUGUGCUUGUGAGCUGAAUUUCACCUUUUAGCUGUGCAUUUUUAAGGCAGACGCAUCUACACUGUCCUUGUACUGCUUUUACAUGCUCAAUUGACAAUGUCAAGUGAUUUCCUUUCUCUUUUGUUUUCUUUACCAGACACCUAAAUCUGAGUGCCCACUGUGCCACAAGCACAUAGUAAAUUUCAAGCAGCACCUGCAGGUGACACAUUAUAUUAAAAACCUGGAGGAGCGCCAGUUGUGGCAAAAGUUGGCAAGGGGCAGGGUUGUCCUUGGGGGACAAACCUGCCCCUUGUGCAACCACUUUUAUAAGUGUUUCGAAGCCCAUCUAAUGAAACGCCACGAAGAUGUGUCCAGCGAUGAGAAGAACAAAAUCAUCAAGCAGAAGAAGUGGGAGGUCACCAUGAGGGCCUUGGCGGAGCUGGCAUCUAGCAAACCUGCCAUCCCCAUGGUGACCUUGGUGGAGCUGCAGGAAAGUGGAAUUGAGCGAAAUGAUGCCUCCGCUGCCUCCGCUGCCUCCGCUGCCUCCACCACUCCAUCUCCCCCUCCAUGUGAAAUCCCUGCCACGCCUAAUGUCACCUCCCCACCUGCCACCUUUUCCCUCAGCCCCACAAUCACCUCCCCACCUGCCAACUUUUCCCUCAGCCCCACAGUCACCUCCCCACCUGCCACCUUUUCCCUCAGCCCCACUGUCACCUCCCCCCCUGCCACCUCAACUAGCCCUGAUUUCCCCAUGUCUUUCUCCCCCUUCUCUGAAUUCCUUCCCACCUUCUCGCCUCCUCCUCCAACCCCCCCCCCCCCCCCUUUAACCCAGACUCUAUCAACUUGUCACCAUGUGACUAUUAUAUGGAAAGAACCCCCUCCCCUAUAACAAGGGA